AUGUACUUAGCAUUCUUUUCAUCGUUUGCCAAAUUUAUCAUCUUUCUUUGUACCAUUGUAUUUUCAGCUUCAGCUGAUCACACUCAUGAGGACUUUCUUCAGUGCUUGGUCUCUCAGAUAGCCAACUCUACCUCCACUUCUGAAUCCAUUAUCUACACACCAAAUGACCCAUCGUAUUUCUACGUACUGAACUCAUCUAUACGGAAUCAUCGUUUUGUUUCUCUUUCAACCCCAAAACCAUUUGCCAUCGUCACACCUUUUACUGUCUCCCAUAUUCAGGCCACUGUUUACUGCUCCAAGAAACAUGCUAUUGAAAUCAGAACACGAAGUGGUGGCCAUGAUAAUGAGGGCCUUUCUUAUGUGUCCCAUGUCUCGUUUGUCGUAAUUGACUUGAUAAAUCUUCGUUUUGUUAGUGUAGACGUGGAGAGCAAAUCCGCAUGGGUUCAAGCUGGAGCUAUGAUUGGUGAACUUUACUCUAGGAUUGCUGAGAAAAGUAGAAAUCUCGGCUUCCCAGCAGGAGACUGCCACACUGUAGGUGUUGGUGGACAAAUAGGUGGAGGAGGGUACGGCUAUUUGACGAGAAAAUAUGGCCUGGCAGCUGAUAACAUUCUUGACGCAGAAUUAAUUGAUGCACAAGGAAGAAUUCUUGAUAGGGAAUCCAUGGGAGAAGAUAUGUUUUGGGCCAUACGUGGUGGUGGACCAGCAAGCUUUGGAAUUGUUACUGCAUGGAAACUUCGACUAGUUUCUGUGCCAUCGAUAGUGACUCUGUUUAAUGUUAGGCGGAACAUGGAAGAUAACGCAACAAAAAAGUUUGUUCAUCAAUGGCAACGUCGUGCAGACAAAGUUGAUGAGGAUCUAACAAUAUUUAUCACCUUCCAAACUACGAGUUCUAUUGAUAAAAAAGGGAAUAAGAAAAUUUUGCUAGAAGCUUCCGUCCGCGCCACGUACCACGGUGGUAUCAAUAGGCUCCUUCAGUUAAUGGAGAAAGAGUUUCCUGAGUUGGGUUUGAUAAGACGAGAUUGUAUCCAAAUGAGAUGGGUUGAAUCCUUUCUCUAUUUCAAUGGAUUCAUAAAUGGAGAAUCAUUGGAUGUUCUACUUGAUAGGACACCUAAUUUUGAUUUAUUGUCUUAUAAAACGAAAUCAGACUAUGUGAAAAAGGCAAUUCCAGAUGACGUGCUGGAAGGAAUGCUAGGAAGGUUGUACGAAGAAGAGCUAGGAAGAUCUACGAUCACUCUAUAUCCUUAUGGAGGGAAAAUGAAUGAGAUUUCAGAAUCCACAAUCCCAUUCCCACACCGAACCGGAAACCUCUACAAAUUCCUUUACUUUGUGCAAUGGCAAGAAGAAGGGAAUAUUACAGCGUCUAGAAAGCAUAUGAGUUGGAUUAGAAGGCUUUACAAUUACAUGACUCCUUAUGUAUCGAAAAAUCCAAGGACUGUGUAUCUCAACUUUAGGGACCUUGAUAUUGGGAUGAAUGACAACAAGGGUGACACCAUAAGUAGCUGUGUCAAUAUUACAAAAUCAACUAUUUGGGGUACUAAGUACUUCAAGAAUAAUUUUAAUAGGCUGAUUCAUGUAAAGACUAUAGUUGAUCCUACUAAUUUCUUUCGGAACGAACAAAGUAUCCCACCUCUUGUCAUGCAUUAAACAUGUUGUACCCACCUCUUGUUAUGCAUUAAAUAUGUUGUUAU